AUGCUCCUGAGCGACGCUUCGCCUUCCCCAGUCCCCCUUCUGUCUUCCGCUGACUGGGGGGCCCCGGGGCCCCCGGCCGGCCUGCGGGGGCGGGGACGGGAGCCCCUGGUGGCGCUGCAGCGGCUGGCGCGGCUGCUGCUGCUGCGCGCCGCGGCUGCUGAUUGCUGCAGCAGCAACUCUGACAGCAAUGCUGACGGGCAGCAUUUACUUUGGCUGGCCAGCCCUCGCUGCAAUGAUGCUGCAGUCGGGGAGCUUCUCGAGCCUCUGCGGGGCCCCCCGGGGGCCCCCAGCACUUGUACUCCAUAA